GGCAGCGUGGGGCUGCUUCGGAACAGGUCGACUCGGCGCAUCGCGAGGCUCGAGGGCAGCCCUGUCAGCGGACACCCUCCGAGUGUCAACCUGCAGGCCCACAUCUGGGUGGCCAGCAGCGGUCCUUGGAUUGGUGAGUUUCCCGAGGAGAGCGACCAGCUGAACCUGAUCCCGCACCCGCUUUACGACCCGAGUUCUUUCAGCUGCCUCGCCGACUUGCACUUCGUCGGCGAGCCUUGUGAGGGAGAAAGUCGAGCCAUCGCAGUUCACACGCAUCUGACUCGAGCCAGCAUCGUGCUCACCAUGCGGCCAUCAACCAGAGUCUGGUUUCUGGCGUUGGGUUUGUCUCUCAUAGCGGGCUUUGUUGACGUAAUCACCCUUGUCAGGUAUGGCGAGUUUGCAGCACUGCAGACAGGCAACAUGAUCUUCAUCGGCCGCCUUGUAUCAGAGUUUGCGUCAAGCGAAAAGCGUGACUCGAAUGAGAUUUGGAAAGACAUCGGAGAGCACGCCGCAAACCUCUUCUCCAAUUUCGGCGGGGUUUUCCUCUUCUGUCUCAUCGCCAAACUCAGCCGAUGGCCGGUAAGAAUUGCGGCGCUUCUGCUUCCAAUGCUCAUGGCCGGAGGCGCUUUGAUUGAUUUGUUGACACCGCAGGGGAACAAAUGGGCUUGUUGUCUGGUGGCGGCAUCGAUGGGAGCAAUGAAUUUCAUAUCGUCGCCGAAUUCUGAUCUGAAAGGCAAACUGUUCGCAAUGACCGCACUCGCGACUGGGAACCUUCAAAAAUGCGCCAAGAUGUUCUUCAAGCUUGUCAGUGGCCACAGGUUCACAUCAGCAGAGCUCCAGCAGACAUGCAAUGCCGUCACGACUGUUGUAGGCACGAUGACUGGUGCCGCUCUGGCUGGCGUGGCAUUGUCUCAGUAUACAUUUGGAGAUGAGGAGCACUACAAAGCAUGGUACUUGGUAAUCGCAGCACCCGUGCAGUUUGUGAUCGUAUGCUACCACGACUGCUUGCUCAGACCCGAGCGGCUCGCCGCCGACGAACAGGACGGUAUCGCCUCGCCCGCUGAGCUUGUCAAGACGGCGCACAUCUUGCGCCUGGCCCGGCAAAGGUGGCCCGAGGUCUGCGUGGUGUUGUUGCGCAUCCUGCCGCAGGCGCUGAUGCAGUUCUACGACUUGACGACCGAGCACAUCUCCCUCGAGCGGCAGCCGUCUCUGAUCCUGUCGGUGGAGUCCGAGCUGGGCAUCCAGGCCGGGCUGCAGGACCGCGUGGUGCAGCCUGACCGACGCGGGGAGGCGGAGGAGCAGGUCACCGAGGCGCUGAGGCGGGCGGCGAG